AAACCCUGAUAUGUCUGACUUUUUUUAACAAUGUAUGUUAAAAAAGCGUUUUAUAAGUGUUAAAUUACACAUGUUAUUAUAAAUAUUCCUACAUACAUUUGGUCGGCAGUAUACAAUAUAUUGAGGUCUUUUGACCGUGAACUUACAAGGUUAUAUCAAAAUACUAGCUGAUAUCAUAUUUCUUUCCACAUUCGUUUCAUUAAAUUUGUUAAUAUUAUGCGCUGACUGGAAUAAUUCUUAUAAAAGUUGCAAUAAAUCGAUAAAAUAACUGAUGCCCCCAUGCUUAAAUACAAAUCUUGGGGGCCUCGACCCAAAUACAACGGGGGAUAUAUAUGUCGUGCGAAUUUUGAACGAAACUAAUACCAUGGAAACAAGUACGGUUGCAACAGACACGUACGAUCAAGUUGGUGCAAUGCAGUUUAUUAUUUGUACAGUUGCAGUGUAUUCAUUUCUUGGAGUAUUUUUCUUGCUUGUAAUACGUUUCCGUCAAGGUACAACAGCCCAUCAGAGUGCAAGGUCUGAAGCAGAUGCGAUCAACAAUUACCUAAAGAGCGAAAGGUCAUUGAAACUGGAAGCCAGUAAAAUGAAAAUGAUUACAGAAAUUCAAAAACAUGCUGAGAAUAUCAGAAAUUAUGAAGAAAAAUUAAAACUGUUAGAAAUUGAAAAGGGUAUAAAAGCGAAAGACUUUAAAUUGCACGGUGACACAAAAAGAAGAGACAGUCGAAGCUUCAAAAUCGGAAGAAAGAUGCACAAGUUUACCGGAAGAAGACAAUCAACUUUCGGAAGAAGACAUUCAACUUCCGGUAAAAGACGACUAAGUACGCCAGACGCUUUCGGAAAAAUGGGGUUCUCCUUCCUUUUCAUGGAAUCAAAGGAACCAAACGAAGAGACAAUAACUGAAGAGGGAGAAGGGUUCAUUGAAAGUACAAAAAUUGGCGAAGAGUGUGCAGUGUUAAAAACAGACAUGCUUCCAAAAUCAAAAACCUAUCACGCAUUUCCCGUAACAAACUCGGACACAACAGCAAAAGAACUGGGAACGGAAAAUGGGUUUGAAGAUAUACAAUAUAUUGAUAGUUAAUGCAGCAAUGCCCGAUAUUUAUUUCAUAUCAAAGUUUAUUCAUGACAGAAACUGGAUUGGUUGUAGCGCAGUGAACGUUAUAUUGCGGCCGGUGGAUACGGCAAGGGAACUGGGCAAAAAUGUAACUCUUGCAUGCAUCGUUACCGACAAGGCGUCGUCGGAAAGUGUACAAUGGAAAUAUAAACCAGCGGGUAGUGAUGCUUUCAAUGCAUUGACCUUUAACGAGAACGUUCUGUCAAGUCCCAGUAAAUACAGUAUCCAAUGGACGUACAAUCUCACAGUUUACAAUCUGCAACCGGAAGACGCGGGACUGUAUCGGUGCACGGCAGGUGGUGUAGACUAUGACGCUACCUUAGUCGUAGUUGAUCUUCCUCAAAAUGUAACGAUAGAGAUGGUUGGACAGCCGAACAACGGCGAGACACACAACCUCACUUGUAAAGCUACCAAUGGGUUACCGCCGCCUACGAUCCGCUGGCUUAUUAACGGUGUAGACAUGCAACAACAAUGCAGAUUACAUAAGAAGAUAUUCGAUACACCUGUCCGGAACAGGCUACGGCGAUGUGACGAGCUACCUGUCAUUGCAACUUGA